AUGCCUCGAGGGCGAGGUUCGUCUGUGUCAACACACGAGAAGCCUAAUGUUGAUGCAGCAGUCGAUUCUGAUAAAGAUAACAGCAGGCAUAAGAGGAGCGCUUAUUUGUUGCUGGGGUUGUUUAUACUUUUCCUUCAUGGAUCCUGGUCUGUUUACCGUAUGCAGUUUGCAAAUCUUCCUUUGCCCCUUGGUGCCGAGCAGGCUGGUAAGCGGGGUUUUUCAGAGGCUUCUGCCCUUAAGCAUGUGAAGUACUUGACAGGCCUGGGUCCUCAUGCAGUUGGUUCAGAUGCCCUUGAUCUUGCUGUGCAGUAUGUAUAUGCAGAAGCAGAGAAAAUAAAGAAGACAGCUCAUUGGGAUGUUGAUGUUCAACUGGAGCUGUUCCACACAGAUAUUGGUGCAAAUCGUCUAGCUGGUGGACUUUUCAAGGGAAAAACACUCUUGUACUCAGACCUUAAGCAUGUUAUCCUCAGAAUUGUUCCCAAGUAUUUACCGGAAGCUGAAGAAAAUUUGAUUCUUGUCUCUUCUCAUAUUGACACGGUUUCCACAACGGGAGGUGCCGGAGAUUGCAGUUCAUGUGUAGGAGUCAUGCUAGAGCUGGCACGGGGAGUAGCUCAGUGGGCUCAUGGGUUUAAGAGUGGUGUCCUGUUUCUGUUCAACACAGGGGAAGAAGAGGGUCUUGACGGGGCCCACAGUUUUAUAACUCAGCACCACUGGAGAAACUCAGUACGUUUUGCUGUUGAUUUGGAAGCUAUGGGUAUCAGUGGGAAAUCCACCCUUUUUCAGGGUACUCACCAAUGGGCUUUGGAGAGCUUUGCUGCUGUAGCGAAGUAUCCAUCUGCUCAAAUAGCUACACAGGUGCUGUCCGCAUACAUUAAUUGUCCAGCUGUAGAAGAUGUUUUCCGUUCUGGAGCGAUAAAAUCUGCUACUGAUUUCCAAAUAUAUCAGGAGGUUGCUGGUCUUCCUGGCCUUGAUUUUGCAUAUACAGAUACGACAUCCGUGUAUCACACAAAGAAUGACAAAAUAGAGUUCCUGACACCUGGAUCCCUUCAGCACAAUGGAGAAAAUAUGCUUGCCUUCCUACUCCAUGCUGCUUCAUCACCAAAAUUUAUGAAAGAUGCACACCAGGCAAAGCAAGAGAGCACAGAGCAGAAUAAUGCUAUUUUUUUCGACAUUCUGGGCAAGUACAUGGUGGUCUAUCCACAGCGGUUAGCAACCAUGUUUCACAACUCAAUAAUAUUUCAGUCGCUCCUGAUAUGGGGAACAUCACUGCUUAUGGGUGGACGUCCUGGUCUUGUGUCCUUCGGAAUAGCAUGUUUGAGCAUUAUUUUGACGUUGAUAUUUUCUAUCUUCUUACCGGUUGUGGUGGCAUUUUCCCUGCCGCAUAUUUGUCCUUUUCCUGUUCCAUUUGUUGGAAAUCCGUGGUUAGUUAUUGGCUUAUUUGGUUCACCUGCACUGCUUGGCGCAUUCAUUGGUCAGCGUUUUGGAUUUAUUCUCCUGAAGAGGCACAUUCAAGAAGUGUAUUCAAGAACAAAGCCAGGUCUAACUGGUAACACGAUGGAUUACAUUGUUGGCCUGGAAGCUGAGAGGUGGAUUUUCAAAUCUGGUUUUGUCCAAUGGCUUAUAGUUUUGAUACUCGGAACCUAUUUGAAGGUCGGCGCAUCCUAUAUAGCACUCAUCUGGCUUGUUUCGCCUGCUUUUGCAUAUGGUCUUAUGGAAGCAACACUAACUCCUGUAAGGUCACCUAAACAGCUUAAGGUCUUUACAUUGGUCCUGGCUUUGGCUGUGCCAGUUAUGUCAUCUGCUGGUUUGUUUAUUCGCUUGGUAGAUGUGAUGGUUGGCAGUAUUGUACGUGCUGAUAGGAACCCUGGUGGACUACCAGACUGGCUUGGAAAUGUAGUAGUUGCUGUUGCCAUCGCUAUAGUCGUGUCCUUCACGUUUGUGUAUCUUCUUUCGUAUGUCCAUAUUUCAGGUGCCAAAAAAACACUUCUUUCUGUGUUGUGUGCUUUCUUUGGUCUUGCCCUUGUACUGGUAUCAAGUGGCAUUGUUCCAGCAUUCACAGAGGAUAUUGCUCGUUCUGUAAAUGUUGUGCAUGUUGUUGAUACUACAAGAAUGAAUGAUGGAAACACAGAACCAUUAUCCUAUGUUUCCCUGUUCUCGAACAUGCCUGGAAAGUUGACACAGGAAUUGAUGGACCUAAGAGGGGAAGAGUUUUCUUGCGGAAGGAAUAUGACAACUGAUUUUGUGACAUUUACUGUGAAGUAUGGCUGCAGGAGUUACAAAGGGAGCAAUGCUGGAUGGAGCAAAUCAGAAGUUCCAGUGCUCCAUGUUGAAAGCGAUUCUGCUGCCGAUGAUGCCCGCAGAACAGUAGUAUCAGUUGAUACCAAGUCAUCUACACGGUGGUCACUCGCAAUCAAUAUGCAGGAAAUCGAUGACUUCACUGUUCAAGUGGAUUCAGAUAAGUUGGUUCAACUGGGUGGUAAGAGCGAGGUCGAUGGAUGGCAUACAAUCCAGUUUGCAGGCGGCAAGAACGCGCCAACAAAAUUCCAGCUAACCCUUUUCUGGUCAAGCAAUGCGACACAGGCAUCUCCAAAGGAAGCUAACGCAGAGGACCCUCCUCUCCUGGUAAAACUAAGAACGGACGUGAAUAGGGCCACACCGAUGGUUGAGACGGUUCUCGAGAAGCUUCCACGCUGGUGUGCAGCUUUCGGUAAGUCCACAUCUCCUUACACGCUGGCGUUCUUGACCGCUCUUCCUGUCGAUAUUUAG